CUAAACACGUGACCACUGGUAGUAAUUCAUGGCGGCGCACUGUUCAGCAGGACUUGCGGGGAGAGCAGGACUCAGCAGUUUCCUGCGGAGAGUUUGUUGUGUAGGAAGCUGUAGCCCCCCGACAGGCCUGCUGUGUCAGCAACGUCGACGCUUCUUCUGGAGGAAGUGGAAAAGUUCUCACAAUGUUGUUCGCCCAGCAACUGUUAGACCUGCAUAUGCGGUACCCAAGGACAUUAUGCGGCCGGACUAUGUUGGCGCUGGACUGGUCCCAGAAUGGCCGGACUACAUAGAGAUCAAAAACCAGGAGCAGAUCGAAGGCCUGGCCAGAGCAUGUCAGCUAGCCCGACAUGUACUGCUGCUAGCUGGGCGCAGUCUGAGAGUUGGCAUGACAACAGAUGAAAUAGACUUCAUCGUGCACCAGGAGACAAUAAAGCAGAACGCCUACCCAUCACCUCUCAGAUACGGAGGUUUCCCCAAGUCAGUCUGUACAUCUGUGAACAACGUGGUCUGUCAUGGCAUACCUGACAGUCGGCAACUUGAAGAUGGAGACAUCAUCAACAUUGAUGUCACUGUGUAUUUGGAUGGUUACCAUGGAGACACUUCAGAAACGUACUUGAUUGGUCAGGUAGAUGAGGUUGGGCGGCGACUAGUCGAAACUGCCAGGCGGUGUAGAGACGAGGCCAUCGCCGGCUGCAAACCGGGUGCACAGCUCUGCGUUAUAGGAAACACUAUCAGUGAAAUAGCCCAUGCUAAUGGCUUCCAAGUGUGUCCUUACUUCAUUGGACAUGGAAUAGGCUCCUACUUUCACUGCCAUCCUGAGAUUUGGCAUCACGCUAAUGACAAUGACAUGACCAUGGAUGAAGGGAUGGCUUUCACAAUAGAGCCCAUACUGAUGGAGGGAUCUGUGGAGUUUAGGAUCAUGAAAGACAAGUGGACCGCAGUGUCUGUAGAUGAUAAAAGAUCGGCUCAGUUUGAGCACACGGUGGUCAUCACAGCUGACGGAGUGGAAAUUCUCACCAAACUGCCAGAAGAGGACAAUCUGAAACCUGAAGGAAUGUAGCUGCUGAUUGGUUCAGCACGUCACCUGCCUGAGGGUCUGAACUACUGUUUGUGGUAAUAAAACACUAAGAACUUAGCUGAUGGUUUACCUCAAUGUAAUUUACAGAACUAUGCAGCUUCUACUUGUAAAGUGUUAAAAAGGUCACUUUUAUUUAUUCACCAAGGCUUACUUUCUGUAUCCACACAUAUUAGACACAACAUUAAAGCCGCCUACCUAAUCUCAGCUCUGACCUGUCAGUCCAUGAACACAGGACCUCUGGGGGUGAAUCAGACUUGUUCUGCCGCAUCCCAUGGAUGCUAAUUCAGAUUGGAAACUGAGAGUUUGGAGGCCAAAUCUCAUGUUUUGGCCUCUUUGUUGUGUUCCUGAGACGUUCCUGAGCAGUUUUUGGGGUGUGGAGGGACAGAGUCUCCUGCGAGGGAAGCUGCUGUCAUCAUUUAGUGCUGUGUGCAAUGUUUAGGUUUGUUACAUGUCAGUCAACAUCUGUAUGAAUGCCAGGCAGAACAUUGUAGCAUGUAAUAUGGCUGCGGGCGCAUCUCAUUAAUUCAGUUGAGUUUUAAGCAUGUGUGUGUGUUUAUAGUGUCAGCAUUAGCAGGGUCAGAGGGUCUUGAGUAUUUACAUUUUUUGUUUUGAUAGCCUAGUGGUAUCUUAAUAGUUUAGACAAUGAUUUUUCUUGAAGACAGUGAAAUGGAAGUAAUUUAACCAGGACAGUAACCACAAUCCAGACUCCUCCAGCACAAUGUUAUCUACUCAUGACAGCCAGCAACCACAAUCACAAAAUGCCACUUAUGUUUUUAUAAAAAUGUAUCAUCUUUGUCUAAAUACUGUCUCAAAUUCCUCACUACACUGCAAGGUACAAAUGGUUACAAACCAUGUAGACAAAAUACCUCCUCAUAGUAUAACAGUAUUCAGAUCCCAUCUCUGCAGGGGUUAGGGGUUCAUAUUUUUUCUUUAUUUUGUGAAUCAUCUGUGUGUGAUUGUGGUUGAGAAUCGCUUUUAUUUUUAUUAAACUACAUUUUGUUCAAAAAAGAAUUAUAUAAGAUAAGAGUCCUUAAUUGAAAAUCAUAUUUAAAUGAAAUCCUCUUCAUGAUAUUAAGGCCAAAUUCAAAUCUGAAAAGCAUUAGAGGAAAUCAUGAUAGAUACUGAUCACAGCUCUGAGUGAGUUAUGACAACUUACUGAGACAUUUUGUGCACACUUAAGAAUCAUGAACUGUCUAAGUCAGUCUCCUGGAACGUGACAUUAUGUGUAGUUAAGCGUGACCAGUAGAUGGCAGCAAACACUGCAUGUUGAGGUCCGCCCAGGUUUCACAGUAAAGUCACUCCUGAUGUGCUGCAGCAAACCGUAUCUGACCUUCUCAAAAGUGUUAGUGGUUCUCAGCCAUGAGGCAGAAGCUUUCAGUUGUAACUCUUGGUAUUUUUAACCCAUCCCUUGAUCUUGUGGCAUUAAUCUAAACCAAGCAUCUGUGAUUAAUCGCUGUGAAAACAUAAUUGACGCUUUCACAGCCUCACCAUUCAAUAUAACCUCUUCACUUCCUAAAUAUAACAGAAUGAAAGCAAACUUUACCAGAUAACUUGGUGAAGAAAAGAAUGUGAACAAAUAAGAGGUUGUGCCGGGGAAUAAAUUCCAGGCAUUACAGCCCUCUUUUAUUCAUCCAAUUCCUCAGCAACGUCUGUAUCUUUUGACUGAAGGUGGAUUUAAUAAAGAACCUAACAGAUUAUGCUUUUGAUGGUUUUCACAAAGCUUCUCCCAUUUCUCACUAUGAUUUAGAUUCACAUCACAGGCUUGCUAGUUUAUAUAGAAGCUGGACUGCAGUAUGUGUGAUUAAAAACUGCGCUUGAAACCUAAUCAAGUUCUCUGACAGUGUCUCUCAGACUGGAUAAUGUGUAUUUGGUGAUCAUGUAUUGGCACUUAUUACUGCGACUAUAGCUGGGGUGAAGUGAGGAUGCUUCAUAGAGAAAAACAUGGGAGGAGAAAUUGGACUCCCUCCCACUGAGGGUGUGUUUUCACUUCCUGCCAACGUACUUGUGUGUGUGCGUGUGCGUGUGUGUGUGUGCGCGUGCGCGCUCAUGCUGGUACCAGUUCACGGGCGAGGCAGGAAGGAUUAGACAAAUAAAGGAGGGUCAUAUAAUCUGGAGUCUGGUCAUGCCCAGUCAGGAAAUGAUUCACAUCAUUUUAUUUGAUGCACAACAUCUACAUUUGCAUUUGUUCCACUUUUAUUGAGCAAAAUUGUCACAUUUCUGACAGUAAAGAAAGACCUUCCAAAGCAGUGAAGAGUACUUUUUAAAAAAUGUGUUUUAGUACAAUCCUCAGUCUGAUUUGAACACAUUUGAUUUUAGGGCAGGGAGUGUGUAGCUGAAGGAGUGUGAGCCUCCUGUGAAUCAGAGCAGCAUGUUUUUCAUUAAAUAUGAAACACGACAUAAAAACCUGAAAAAGAUGUAAGAGGUUCAGACGGAGGAAGGCGAAGGGCAGGAGGGAGAUGUGUUGGAGCAAUCUGAGGUCUGUAAGAGUUAAAGGAGGUUUAGGGAGGAACAGGGAGUGGCAGGGUGAGGUGUUAAACUGAGGAUCUCAAUUCUCAUUCUUCUCCUGCAUGUUGGAACUCAUUCCUGAUCUCUCCUCCUACUCUGCAGUUCAUCUGCGAACGUUUGCCUGUUUGUUCAGGAUCCCUUUUGCUUUGAAAACUCAAAAUAGCAGACUAUUUCAAAAAUGUGACGGGCUCCUAUUGCUCAACAUUAAAACUUUGUUGGGUUUUUUUUCUUGCAAGAAUGUAUUUUAGUUCUUCCUGAGUGUAGAUCUCAAACUCUCUUCCAGUGAAAUUUGAACAAGCCCAUGGAAAAACCUGCUUCCUUUUUCCUGCACCCAAAUGUGAAAAUUUCUGAAAUGCUUAAUGUGCUGAUAAUGCAAGAUAUUUUUUUAAAUUAAUAGGAUUCUGCAAUUAAUAAUCUGUCCAUGUAGGUCAAAACUUUUUCCCCCCAUAAUAUCUCUAAGCAUGAACAAAACUAUUGAGUAAACCAUCUCAUAGUUUGUCAAAUUAACAGCUCUAAAAUUGAAAGAUUUGCUGUCUAAAUGCCAGUGGGCUGAAUGUACUGGCAGCUCGUUUGCCUUGUAGUUUGUUUUAGAUAUGUAUUUUUGCUGUUGUUUGUUUUUGUAAUUAGCGUAUAUAUAGUGUGUCCAAAAACUUUUUUUUUUUUUUUUGGCGUUUAAUUAGCGUAUCUGUCAAAAAAGAGGAUUUUUCCUAUUAUUGACUGGUAAAUCUAUAAUAUAAAAAGUUACUUGGAGGUAUAUCUGUUAUUAAAUUAUAAACAAGGAAAGCAAGCCAGGGCUGUUCAUUCCCCCACAUGACAUUGUCAGAAAUGCAGCAUAUUUUUGUAGAAAUGCAGCAUUUUUUUUUAUUAGUUAUUGAUGAUCAGAAUCACAGCAACAUAGAAUGUGGCCAUUUAAUAUAGAUGUACCCACAAACAAAAUGACAUUGCGCUGAGCACAGGUGUGUGUUAUGCAUGUGUACGUUAUGUACUGAUACCGAAUCACGUGACCUAAAUAUGUAGCAGGCGGUGGGAAUUGAUGGGACUCGGAAACACCUCCACAAUUUAAUCAGUUGUUCCCUCUAUGAUUUAUUAUGGACAAGUCCAAAUAAGUCUGCAGCGGUCGAUUUGUAGCAGGAUUGCAAUCAUGUGAUCGUCAGCAGGCAGCUGAUGUAGUGUUCACUUGUUGUCAUAGUUACAGUGACACCGUGCCGCUAUCUGGCAAUGAUACAGAAAUCUUGAACAAAUCCAUGGAUCCAGACUAUAAGCUGCAUCACUGCCAAAAUGUAAUCACUUGGUCCUUGUGUCAUUUCUGAUCUUCUCUGAAAAUUCCAUCCAAAUCUGUUUUUGAGUAAUGUGUGCACAGACAGCCAAAAAUACGCUGAUGAUCGCUUAACUCCACCAUGUUCCUAUGUGAAAUUUUCUGUUAAUUGAUGGUUCACUGACUGUAAUUAAAUUAUUUUUUUAAAAGGCAGUUUUUGCCAAUAUUAUACCUACAACAAUAAAAAAAACAAAGGUUUUUUGUAUCUAAAUAUGUACCUACCAUGAUACUAACUUAUUUAUUAAAAUGAUCUGUGAAAGAAUUUUUUUUAAUAAAGUAACAUAUAUGACAUAACAACACACAACACAAUGCUUUUUUCAAAUUCAAGUAUUUGACAGUAAGUCGUGCAACUCUCUCUGAAGGCCAUGUUUUUCAUUAAUUGUCAUUAAAUUUCUGUUUGGACCUUCGACAUUAAGUGUUGAACUCCAAUUCUGGCUUAACGUUACUGUAUUUUCCCUCAAAUAAAUGCAGUUUUCAAGACAUGAAACAUUAUGUGUAAUUACAAUUACAUUUACCAAUUAUGACUAGCAAACUUUUACCAACACACUUAUGCUGAAGUUACAGUGACAUAUGAUGCAUUGGUUAUACAGCCCACCACAUGUGUUGACAUAUUUACUGUCUGCUAUGUUAAGUUCUGUUUAAAUGCUGUUAAAGUAGAUUAUUGUGUCGUGUUUCUCAGACGUUCCCACAUUCCAGGUGUGCAAACCUACAAAACUGUUUGUGUGUGAGAGUCACACUGUGAUAUUUCACACGUACCUGGAACAUUUCUGAGAGGAGAACCGCAAAAAUUCUUGGUUUCCUUGGCGAUCCGUUAAGUUAUGGUCUUAACACAGUGAUGGAUCAUUUUUAAACUUGUGGAGACAGAUCGCCACACACACACACACACACACACACACACACACACACACACACACACACACACACACACACACACACAUGUACGGAGUCUUUCUGAGUAACAGUCUCUGUAAGGACUUAGUCAAAGCACCUGAAGGCCAAACAGAAACAGCUGAGUUGAAAUUGAACAUUCAAGUUAACAGGACAUGUAGAUACAGGAGGAUGUUGAGUGAGUAAACCUUUACAGAGGCAGGGUUUCUUCAUGUACUUUCAAAAUUACUGCCCUCUACACACCAUUUCUUAUUGCUGGGAAUCAUUACCCAAACCAAGAUUGAAUGAAAUAACUUUGUAAAGUUCCAGCUUGAGUGGGUGUUUAUUACCAGGUCUCCAGCUAUGUAUUCAGGCUUUAAUUGGACAUCCUUGUUUUCUGCAUUUAGCCUAAUUUCCUUUAUUUGUUCAAAAUUUUGUUAAAUUUUUGUCUCUUUAAUUUGUUGUUUCAUUUUUCAGCCUUUUUUUUUUUUGAUUUGCUGAACAAUAAUUGUAACAGAUGUCAAGCCAGCUGUACUAAAAACAGUGUUACCAUCAGUAUGCCCACAUCUUGAAAUGACAAAUGAAAUGAGAACAUUCACCAGCGUGUGUAGGCAGGCUAACAUGAGCUUUUCGGUUCUGUCGUAAUCACAAAGUACAUGUCUGUCUGAUGGGAAUGUUUCUCAGGUAUUUAGUCAUUUUAAAAACAUGAUCAAAUUAAAACUUUGGUGCUGCUAUAUGAGAAGAAAAAUGUUAAACGUUAUCACAGUUCCUUUAUAAAGGCAACAUAUACCCUG